GUGGGCGAAAACAGGCGAAAAUGGCGACGUUGCGGGCAGCAACAGGUGACAUCAGGUCACAAAAAGUGAUACGCGUCCCAGAGUUAAUCUGUCAAAACGACGCGUUAACUGCACUUUAAAUUUAACACGCAUGUGUAAUACAAUAUAAAACUACCGAUUUAGUUAUCUUCUCGAAAGUUGUUGAAACAAGUUACAUUAUAUAGUUGACAGUUUAUAAGGACAGUGAUUGCUAUCAAUGGAAACUGGUUUUAAAACUAACUUGAAGUUGGUCUAAUGAUAAAUAUCUUUGGUGCCAAUAAUGACAAGUUCAUACACUGAUAUCAAUUUUUAGGUGGACCUAUAUCAUGUCUUGUCGAUAAUUCAGAAUAACUAAGGAAAAUACUUAUAAGAAGGGGAGUAAAUAAGUGAUAUAUGUGAAACUGCAUUUGUUUACUCUGUGGACAAGCAAGUUUUACUAACAUUAACUGUGUAGCGAGCUUUAAUCCAACCCUUGACCAAUAGUUUCAUGUAAGAAGUGAAGAUGAGCGAACGAUCGGUUCCUGCAAUGGGUGCUGUAAGCGCAAUUGUCACGGGACAAUCGGCUGUACCUCCACCUGGGAUGGAAACCAUUGUUGCGAUUGCUCUUGGUGCUCUUGCUGCAGUAUUCCUUGGUGCACUUUUAGUGCUUUUAGUAAUCUGUCGCAAACAACGCUGUUACUAUAAAACAGAUUCUCCUGAUUCCAGUUCCGAUCUUUUGGUAAAAGAUGAAAUAGGUCCUGGAUUAGGUCUUGAUGUUUGGGAAGGUGAAGAAUGGCUCGCUGGUGCAGAAAGAUGGGUAGAUGAUGCAACUGGUUUGGCUCCACCGUGUAUAGCAGUACUCCGAUCCUGUCACUCAUUAGCAGCAAGUCUUACUGCUAUAGCAGGGACGGUUAACAGUAAUUCAAUACCAUUAGAAAUUGUUGAUGUUGCUCGACGUAUUCCCCCCAGAGUAGAUGACGUGGUUCGCAGCUUGUACCCACCACUGGACGCUCGUCUCUUAGAAGCAAGGGUGGCAGCUUUGGUGUUAGCGGUAACUCAUUUAGCACUAGUGACAAGGCAUGGGGUUCCCAAAAGCCAAGCAAGAAAAUUCGCUUUCAUAGACAGAGCACUGAAUGACAUGGAUUCGCAUUUGUUAGUUCUGAGGAACGCGGCUUUAGCUCAAGAAGCAGCGUGUUCUAUCCCAGCAUCCACGCCGGUUUAGUUUCCUUUCUUCCAAAUUAUACAUAAAUUAGUAUGUAACUUCGAUGAAUUUAUACAGUUAUCAGUUAUAUAUAUUCAUUGUGUAAAGGAUUGACAAUGAUUUAAAUCCAUUGUCCAUGUUAAGUUAAUGGUUAGAGUGACUCGGUAAUCAAAGGUAUCGUAUCAAACUACGUUUUGUUUCUACGUUUCAGUAUUUAUGCAAUGUUGCAUUAUUACAAUGAACUCAACAAAACUACUUGUCUCCUUAGAGGUAUAGAAAACAUUCUAUGCCUCAUAAUUAAGCUUUAUAUUCUAAAUUGACUUUGCUAACUGUUUUUAAUAAGCAAACUUUAUGAAGAGUAUAAAAUUGUUCUUUUUGCAACACAGUUUCAGUAAAAGAAAAAGAGUAAAUCUCAAAGUGGGGAAUCUUGCAGAUAUAAUCGAAUUCCCUUUUGAGUUGUCGAGACGUCGUUUUACGAAUUAAAGUUAACGAAUCAUGCAGGCCUUAGUCUCAAUCUCGUAUAUUGCCUUCUCAAGCAAUGCAUACCUAUCACGUAUCAAAAUGUCUUCCUGAUAUAUCGGCGUUAAAAGAGUGCCGUAUUUUCAUAGAAAUAUACAUACAGUAUUUUUGAUAAACUUGUACUGCACAGCAAACAGACAAUAAAAUACAGUUGCAUAGGGAAAAAA